UCGUCCGGCCGCACUGAGGGUGGAAAUUUGCAUAGCCGCGAAACGCUCACUCACACACACACACACACUGUUGCUUGUACAGCUCCUUAUCCCGCAGCGGUACUAUACAGUUUCGAAACAGCUAUUCGGAAUGACAGUCGGUGGUAUCCGUCAGUGUUCAGUGUCGGGGUUCUUGGUUUAACGGAGUGGGGGGACUAGACCCAGAUCUGAUGUACUCGCCGGACAAAAUGAUGGGGGCGAAGGGCCCCACGGGGCUCCACGGGCCCAUAACCUCGUCGGGGGCCUGCUUCGCGGGCCGAUACUCCCCCACGUACAGGAGCCCCGAGCCCAUGCCCAGGAGGUGCAUGCCAAAUCCGUCGAGUCGAAUUUUGGAAGACGCCUCGAUCAUGUGCAACUCGUGGUCUCCAAGACACAACGGUGACAUCUUCUCCGGGCUCAACGACGGCCUGAUCAGCAGGGCCGAAGCCCUGGCCGCCGUCGACAUCAAGCACCAAGGCUCCGGGGGCCCCGGGGGCCUGCCCCAGCUCAAACACGACAUGAUGUACCAUCACAGCAUGACCGCCCCGCCCCCGGUUAGUAGACCGCACCAAAUGAGCCAUAUGGACGGUCUGGAGAUGCUGGAUCCCAUAUCUUCGUCGUCGAUGACGACGUUAACCCCGAUGUCCGAGACUCCGUCGCAUAUGCAUUCCGCCUAUGGUACGAACCACUUCAUGAACCACCACCACCACGCGGGUCCGCUGUCAGGACACGGGGCCCCGGGCCACCACCCAGGGCAUGGUGGCCACCCAGGUGCCCACCACCCCUCCGCCAUGGCGGCGGCCGCCGCCGCCGCCGCCGUAGCAGGUCUCCAUCCCGACGCCGACACCGAUCCAAGAGAGUUGGAAGCCUUCGCUGAAAGAUUUAAGCAACGCAGAAUAAAGUUGGGAGUAACCCAAGCGGACGUGGGCAAAGCGCUGGCAAACCUCAAGCUCCCGGGGGUUGGCGCGCUGUCGCAGUCGACGAUCUGCAGGUUCGAGUCGCUCACCCUCUCGCACAACAACAUGAUCGCGCUCAAACCGAUCCUCCAGGCGUGGCUCGAGGAAGCGGAAGCGCAAGCGAAGAACAAGCGGCGCGACCCGGACGCGCCGAGCGUUCUGCCUGCGGGCGAGAAGAAGCGGAAAAGGACCUCGAUAGCGGCGCCGGAGAAGCGGAGCCUCGAAGCGUAUUUCGCUGUCCAACCGCGACCCUCCGGCGAGAAAAUCGCCGCAAUCGCGGAAAAACUCGACCUCAAAAAGAACGUGGUGCGCGUGUGGUUCUGCAAUCAGCGCCAAAAGCAGAAGCGGAUGAAGUUCGCAGCCCAGCACUGACCGGAGGUGAAUUUCGGCUUCUCCGUGAAUUGACAUUAGCGGUUAACGCGGCGAAAACCGCUUAAGCGGCGACGUUGACCGCUUUCAGGUAGCAGUUUGACCGCUAAAACUGCAAAUCGCGCGAUUGGAAUAGGUGGGACGGCCUUUCGUCAAUAUUAGCGGAUCCACGGCGCUUUGACCGCUUGAAACCAUCUGUCAAGCGCGGAGGUAACCGCUGUAACAGUUAUUUAAUCGGUCGGACGUAGUGUGGCGCGAUUUUGUUCAGAUUUAGCGGAUUGACUGCUCGACAAUAGAGGUCCAAUCGUUGCGAAAGCCGCGAAAACGGUGAUAUUGACGGAUUCAAAUUAACGGUUUGACCGGUAGACAGAUCCGCUAAAAUUGCGAUUGGAGUUAUGGAAAAUGGCGCCACGACGGUUUGGUCAGUAUUAGCGGAUCGACGUGAUGCUUGACCGCUUGACAUCAUCUGCCAAUAGCCGAGUUAACCGCUGUAACAGUGAAUUACUCGGCCGGAUGUGGUGCGGAGCGAUUUCGCGCAGAUUUAGCGGAUUGACCGCUUGAAAAUAGCGGUCCGAUCGUUGCCGAAGUAGCUAAAAUGGUGACUUUAACUGAUUCAAGUUAGCGGUUCGACCGCUACACAGUGACGAAAUCAGACGAUUUGGUCGGUAUUAGCGGAUCACUGUGACUCUUGAUCGUUUGAAAUCAUCUGCCAAUCGCGGAGUUAACCGCUGUAACAGUGAUUUACUUGGUCGGACGUGUAGCGGUGCGAUUUCGCUCAGAUUUAGAGGAUUGUCCGCUAGAAAAUAGCGUUCCAAUCGACAUUUUUUUUAGGGAAAUUCGGAGUUUUCGCGAGUCGCGAGUGAGCGGAUGUAAGGCGUGUUAAUUGACCGCUGGCGGUAAGCGGUCAACUCGAACUAUUACGCCGGACGUUAAAGUUGACCGCUCGGCAUAAAUUGUUAUUUUUUUAACCGACUUAAAGGAAAAAGUACUUUUCAGUUCCGGGGCGAGUUUGUCGCGUCGAUGUAACGGAAAAUUGUGGUUAAAAAGAUUUUGCUCACAAGCAGCUGUGAUAUUUUUGGCCAAACGGUUUUUAUUUCGGCGGUUCGUGGACGACGAACUCGCCUCUCGUCCCCUCCCUCUUAAGACGUUUCAGACUGAACGAUCUCUGCUCACACGGCACUGUAUAUAAUCGGCACGGUAUAGCACGAAGCCGGUGCGCGACGUAAAACUUUUCAUUUUAAACGGAAUUUCUAACGUUUAGUCGGGCUAUAUAUAUGCCGCGACAACAAACUGGCAUAUUUGGCCGUACAAUAGCGUGCAAUUACGGUAGCCGGUUUUGAAGUUGUCGAUCGAAGGAUAUAGAGACGGAUAAAAUAUUCAGCGGGACUGUGAUUAGCUCCGAUUCCAAUUUCUCCGGCAAUAAUAAAAGUUUUAUGCGGCCGCGGCCGUCCUCCUCCCGCUCUGUUUUCGUACAGGGUGGCCCAGAUAUCGUGGGAUCUUAGAUUCGGUUAGAAAUAUAAAUGAAAAAAUAAUUUGUCAAUCGCCUAUGCCUUUAAAGUAACAAUUUUUUAUUUUUAAUAAAACGCCUUAUAUAUACCGGGUGACCCAAGAAAGUGGGAACACUCUAUAACUUUUAAACGGCUUGAGGUAGCGAUUUGAAAUUUGGGAGAAGAUAUGAAGUCAAUGGUUUGAGCGGAAACGACAGUAAUUUUAAAUGGUACCGCCUUUUUUUUGCUUUUGUGGAUUCUGGAGGUCAUUCUACGUAGGAUAGGACGCUUUUUCUCUUUUUUUCUUUUGUUUUCCUAAAUUUUAAUUUAAUUUUCGAAAAUUGUGAGUAAUUUUCAAUCAUGCCAACUUGAUGAUGAAUAGAAGCAAAGCCACCUAAGUAAUAUUUUGUUUUUAUAAAAAUUUCUUUACUUGUCUUGCUAUUUUCUUCCUGCGAGCUUAUUUUUUUAAGGAUUUGGAAAACUUGGGUGUCAAAAUGUUGAAAAAAAUGUACCGGCUUUAAAAAGUUUUUGUUCCCUCUAGGGUGCUACUUGGAAAAACUGGGUUAUUCCAAAAAAUUAUUUACUCAUAACAUUAAAUGUUAUUUGCCAUUAGACAAGUAAAGAAAAGUUUCAUUUACCAUUUUUCACAUGAUCAGCCUCCUAGACAAUUUUCAAAAUUAAAUAAAAAUUAAAAAAAAAACAAAAAAGUGGGAAAAAUCAUCCUAUCCUACGUAGUAUAUUCUCCUGAACCCUAAAAUGCAGAAAAAUUUCCGCUCAAAGCAGAACUAACCAACCACUGACUAUAUAUUGUCAAAAUAAUGGACAAUCAGCCUAUAUUAUCCCUUCCAAAUUUUAAAUCGCUAUCUCAAGGUGUUUAAAAGUUAUUGUGUUCCCACUUUCUUGUGGCACCCGGUAUCCACUUCCUCUGAACUUCUCGAAAAGUCUCAUCGAAAAACUGGGUUGCAGGGUUAAAUAUAUUAAACGAUUUCAUCGAUUGAAACCUUUUGUUAUAUGUUUGGGUUCGAUAAGGGCUCUGUGUUGAGAUAUCAAAAAUAAAUAAAACAAGGUAUUCAAAAAGUAACAUAAUUUUUUUUUAUUAUAAAAUCAUUACUCAGGGGUCAAUAUGGCAACAAUGAAAACACUUUUUGUUGAGUAAAUAUCGAAAUUACCAACAUUUCCAUAAAACUAUAAAAAUGGGGCGUUUCCUUUAAAUAAACAUGACUUCAAAUGAUUUUUAAAAUCAUUUGGCUCAACCUGUAUUCACUUAUUUCGAAAAUAUCAAGACAAAUCACUAAUGUAAACCCGCGGACGUGAUUUUUUGCAUAAAAUUCAAAAUAUUUCACACGCGGUAAGACCAAGAUGCAGGAAAUAAAAACGAAUUGAUAAUGUUUUGCAGUUAUCAUUCAAUAAUAAAGGGGCCACCCAGUACAUUUCCGACAUAACAGUACAAGUUUUAUACACCUUUCGAUUCCUAACAUGUGACGAAUUACGUGGUUGUAUAUAGCGAUAGAAAUUUUUUCGAAUGUUUAUCGAGAAAAAACCAAAAAUUCAGCCGCUGCACUCAGUAUUAGGAUUAAAAAUUUGUCAGUAUUCGCAUCACGAGUGAUAAUAGUUUAAAUUUGUUCGUCGGGGGGGGGGCGCGGCGAUAGAGCACGCCUCCCCCCCAUUUUUUAAUUUUUAUUCGAAACCAGUGCAAUAUUAUAUGUAUAUUUAUAACAUACUGUACAUACUUCGUUCGUUAUAUAGUUUCAAUUUUAAGCAAUAACGUUGCGUUGACUGUCGACGCGGUAAAUGUAAAUUAUUUAAAAUAUUUAUUAACAAUAAUUUUCGCUCACCCGCCACACUUGGAUAUAAAAUUAAAAAAAACCUUCUACAGGGUAUAUGAAACAUAUCACAAUUUAGCCAAAUAAACAACGCAUAUCACUUGUCGUUUGCGGAAGAUCAACUUUUGUAAAUAACCUAGUAUCCGUAAGGUGUACAUACAUUUUCCAACUUUAAUUUGCUCUCUAGUCAAUGUUGUGAUUCUUUUUUUUUUUUCGUUGUGAUUCCGGUGCAAUUUUCUUGUACAAAUCCGUUGACAACCUUUGUUUACUUUUACAUCUGAUGUAAAAUAUUCCGAAUAAAUUAUGUAAUAAAUAA